UCAACCAGAUGAUCGCACGCAGCCUUCCCGGUAAACCUUCAAAACUUGACGCGAACCAACAAAUACCCGACGCGCACCCUACGCCUGUCUACCCAGUCCUUUCUUCCCCCCCCUCCUUGGUGGUUGCCAUUAUUUUCACCUAGGAACUGCACACAAUGAUAAUUUAAUAAUUGUCUUGUGACGAGAGCCUCCUCUCUUUUUUUGCCUCCAUCGAAUACCUUGCCUCCUCUCUCAGACCCGCGCAUCCUUGCAUGACCGACUGCUAGCAUCAAGUCUCCUCACCCCUUCAUCCCACCUACUCGAGUUGCACCUCUGCUACUGCUGAUAGCAAGCCAAUGAUAUCAAGAUGUCGACAAUUCUGAAGAGUGCGCAGGUCAAUGGUGGCGCCCCCGGCGUGCCAAACGGCCUUCCGAAGAGCAAACGGUUUUCCGACAUUCCUUCUACAAUCGAUAUCCCCGUACAAGACCAGGAAGAUGAGGCUGUGGAAAUCGGCCUCGAGGAGCUGGCCGAUGAUCCCACUGAGCUCUGCACCCUCUUCGAGAUGGAGCGUGCUGCCCGCACAUACUGGAUGACUGUCGCCCUUGCCUAUGCCAAACUGCAUAAGGUCGACUUUGCUAUCGAGAUGCUCAUUCGAGGCGCCAAUGCGAUGCAGGUCAGCAACCCCAGGGAAAAGCUGAGCAUCGUCAGCUGCCUGUGUUGGAUGUACCUCUGGAAGAGCAGAGAAGCGCCCCGAGUCGCCCCCGAGGGCUCACUGGUUUCCGAGGCGAAGACAAAGGAAUACUAUCUCCAACUGGCUACAUCUACUCUCAACGAGGCUUCGCGAAUCAACCCGGCGUUCCCCCCUCUUUUCCUCGCUCGAGGCGUUCUCUAUCUUCUCAGAGCUUCGCUCCAGACACCAUCAAAGGCGUCUAGUACGGCACCUGGUGCAAUUGAUUCAGAGAAGGCCGAGCUUCUGCGGUCGGCCCUCAAGUCAUUCGAUGACGCCAUCCGGGUGUCCCAGGGCAAGAACAUGCUGGCAGUGAUGGGCAAGUCGCGUGCGCUGUUUUCUCUUGGCAAAUACGCUGAGGCCUUGGCCGGAUAUCAAGAUGUCCUCGCCAAGAUGCCUGACCUUGUCGACCCAGACCCGAGAAUCGGCAUCGGUUGUUGCUUUUGGCAGCUUGGCUUUAAGGAUGAUGCCAAAUUGGCUUGGGAACGGUGUCUUGAGAUCAACCCAGAGUCCAAGAUUGCCAACAUUCUCCUGGGCCUCUACUACCUCGACGCCAGUGGGCAUGUCCCAACAAACAGCCCCGACUUCAUCCGGCUCUACAAGAAAGCUAUGACAGAAUACACCCAGAAGUCCUUCAAGCUUGACAAGGAUUUGCCCCUUACCUGCGCGACCUUCGCCGGCUAUUUCUUGUCCCGGAAAUCGCUCGCAAACGUCGACUCCUUGGCGCACAAGGCCAUCCAGUACACGGAUGUCAAUGCCAUUGCCAGCGACGGUUGGUAUCUGUUGGCCCGGAAGGAGCACUAUGAUGGCAAUGCCGACCGUGCAAGCGACUACUACCGCCGAGCAGAUGAUGCUAGAGGCGGAACGGAACGAGGCUACUUGCCAGCUAAAUUCGGCGCCGCCCAGCUAUCCGUGCUCAAGAACGAUCUGGGAGAGGCGAAGCUGCGGUUGGAGAAGAUGAUUCAGCAAUCGAGGAAUUACGAGGCCAUGGUCCUGCUUGGGACUCUGUACGCCGAGGAGGUAUUUACGAAUCAGUAUGCGGCCGUCAAAGAGGACAGGAGCGCCGAGGCCAAGAAGGCUAUCGGUCUCCUUGAGAGUGUCCGGUCUGCAUGGAAGGAUACGAAGAAGAACCUAUCGCCCGAUCCAGCAGUCCUCCUGAACCUCGCUCGGCUGUACGAGACUGAUCAUCCCGAAAAGGCUCUCCAGUGCCUCCAGCAAGUAGAGCAGCUGGAGACCGACCAGAUACCCGAGUCUGAAUACCCUACGGACAUCGAGGAUGAGGCCGUCAUUCGAGCCGCCCUCCGAAAGUUCCUGCCGCCUCAGUUACUUAAUAACAUGGGAUGUUUCUACGCGCAGGCGGGGAGACACGAGGUUGCCAGCGAGAUGUUCGAGGCCGCUCUCGGUGCCUGCAUGAGAAUCGGCGAAAGGGACGAGGAUACGGAUACCGAUGCUCUUGUCACGACCAUCAGCUUCAACCUCGGCCGGAGCUAUGAAUCGCGCAGCAUGUCGGAUCAGGCUGUCGAGGUCUACGAAGGUCUGCUGAAGCGUCACGACGACUACACGGAUGCGAAGAUCCGCCUAGCAUACAUCAAGCUGCGGAAGAACCCCAACAAGGAGGGUCCAGAUACGGUUGCGAAGCUAUACCAGGAGAACCCCGCCGACCUCGAGGUGCGCGCUUUAUACGGCUGGUUCUUAGGAAAGGUCAACUCCCGGAAGAGGCCAGCGAACAUUGCAGAAGACCCCGAGCUGCGCCACUACAAACAUACCCUGCAGAACUACGACAAGCACGAUCGCUACGCCCUCGUUGGAAUGGGCAACAUGUGGCUCGUAACGGCGCGAGAGAUGCGCAGGGAAACGGAUCAGGAGAAGCAGAAGAGAAGCGCCACCUACGGGCGUGCGGUAGAAUUCUUCGAGAAGGCCCUGCAGCUCGAUCCCAUGAACGCCUACGCCGCGCAAGGCAUCGCAAUUGCUCUGGUGGAAGACAAGAAAGACUACAAGAAUGCCCUGCCAAUCUUUCUCAAAGUCCGCGACACCAUUAAAGACCCACACGUCUUUGUCAACCUCGGACAUAUCUAUGCCGAGCUCAGGCAGUUCUCGAAGGCCAUUGAGAGCUACGAGAUUGCCCUCUCCAAGGAGGGGAAGUCGAAUGAUGCUGGUAUUCUGUCUUGCCUGGGCCGGGUAUGGCUGAACAAGGGCCGUUCUGAGCGCACUAUGAACGCUUACAAAUUGGCGCUGGAGUGCGCCGAGAAGGCUCUUGCUGUUGCGCCUGAGCAAGUACACUUCAAGUUCAACGUUGCAUUCGUUCAGAUCCAGUUGGCCAUGAUGAUCCACUCGCUCAACGAGACCCAGCGUAACUCGCUGCAGCUCCAGGAUGCGGCGGAUGGCCUUGAAUCUGCCAUCAAGGUACUCGACGAGAUUGCCAGCUCGCCUCACACCCCUUACCCCAAGCACGAUAUUGAGCAACGUGCAAACAUGGCCCGCAAUACACAGCGCAAGCAGCUCGAGAGAGCACUCGCCAGCCAGAGAGAGUACGAGGAGAAAAACAAGGAGAAGCUGGCUGCAGCCAUGGAGCAGCGGCAGGCGGAGUUGCGGCGCCGGGAAGAGGAGAAGCGCAAGGUGGAGGAGGCACUCCGCGAGCGCCAGGAAAAGAUCCGGAAAGAGCGCGAAGAGAUUGCCGCGCGGGACCGCUUGCUUGCCGAGCAGCGUGACGACGAAGAACGGACCAGACUCGAGUCAUCCGUCGGCGAGGCCGGCGAGAAGGCGAAGAAGAGAGGGAAAGCGUCGUCCAGGGGCACUGGCGAGCCGCGACAGAAGGGUGGUCGUUCCCGCCGGAAGAAGGCCGACUCGGAGGGCGACGAGUCUGGUGAAGAGCGGCCCAAGAAGAAGCAGAGGCUCAGCCGUCGGGGACAGGCCGGAAAUUACAAGUCGGCCGAGAUUGUCGAGGACAGCAGCGAGGAUGACGACGAAUUGGAACGGGCCGAGAGGGCUUUGGCCAGAGAAGGCGCCGCUGGCUCAGACGCGGAUGACGUUCCGAGGGACGACGUCUCUGAUACAAUGGAAGUGGACAACAGCAAUGUUGCAGGUGAGGAUGAUGAGGGUGAGGAAGAGACCGUCUCGCGACGGCAGCAGGCGAAACGCUCUCGAAGGGGUAGAAUCCUGGAAGAGAGCGACGAGGAAGAAGAGGGAAAGCCCGAGAAGGGCAGUGACAAGGGCAGUGACAACGAUGAUGUGGCGGAUGAACCGGCCGGACCAAUCGCUGAGGAGGACGAAGCAGCGCCUGCGGACACCAGCAUGGCAGACCUGGACGAGGAUGACGAGUGAAGGCACUGUCAAUUUGACCAUAUUCAUCCAUCCCACAAGUGAUGAUUUAGACCGUCGUGCUGGGUGGACGGGCGACGUUCUAUGUGAAGUUACGGUAAUUGGCGAUCAGGUUCUAGGUUCUAGGUUCUUGCUGCAAGGGUUGGUAACUGGCUUAGCAAGUCAGGAUAUGAGCGAAGACAAAACAAAACAUAUUAUACCAGUUG